AUGGAGACGGUUUGUCCUUCUUCAGACGAUGACGACACUGCCAUUCCACCAGCUGGCCAGACUUCCCGUGUGAGGCGCUCGCCAAGAGGUGUUGCCACAAGGCGCAGAGGAGGAAAGCGGCAGGUGCCGGCAACACCUUCACCAGCCCGUGUGACCGUGUCCGCUUCCAGGCCCAGACCAGCGGUGCAGCAGGUGAAGGCAACAGCCCAGGAGUCGCCCAGCGUGGUGCCAGGGGUGGUCGUCGGUCGGGAGGAGGUCGCUGCAGCGUUCCCCGCCGUCCCGGAGGUGCCGGCAACACCUUCACCUGCCCGUGGGACCGUGUCUGCCUCUGGGCCCAGACCAGCGGUGCAGCAGAUGGAGGCGACAACCCAGGAGUCUGCCAGCGCGGUGCUGGGGGUGGUCGUCACUCAGGAGGAGGUCGCCACAGCGGGCCCUGCCGUCCCGGAGCCACAACAGAAGAUCGACAAAGCUAAGGCUGUUUUUGUUCCUUCUGUUUGUGUUUGUGAUGUUCAGUUAGAGGCUAACAUUAAUGCUGUGGCAACAGAGGCUAGCAGAGAUAGCAGCAGGAUUAGGCUAGAAAAAGUUGUGCGCGGAUCGUUUCAUCAGGGCGAUGCGCAAUUUGUGUAUGGAGGAGUCCAGUGUAUGGCUAUAGCUUUGGUCAGCUUAGCCAAACACACAGUGAGCAGCGCGUUCUGGUGGGACAGGCUGGAUCUGGAUCGCGCGUUGGUUGAAGGUGAUGAGUUGUACACCAGUUUGCGUGACCUCAACAUCUUCAGCCAUGUGUCAAAUCUGCUGUCUGUGCCAGAUUUGCCACAGCAGUUGGAAUUAGAAGGACAAGUGUUUAGGUUCAGUUUUGGUGACACGGUGUUAGGCGAAGUAGGCGUGACCGAAGGUGAACACAUCGACUUCGGUGUGUUCAUCAGCUUGCGGAAUGGACUGGAGAGGAUCUUCAGUCAAUACACCACAUGUCUUUUGACAAUGUGUGGAAACACUACUGCCAUCGUGCGUGAGGGUGGACGGUUCGCUGUGGUCGACAGUCACUCACGCAGUAACACUGGCUUGUUACAGUCUAAUGGUACAAGCGUGGUUCUGCAUUUUGCAUGUCUGGACGACCUGCACCACUACAUCUGUCGUUUGGCCGACAGUCUCAGUUCAAGGGAGAAGCUCUUUGAGCUGUGUGGUGUGACGGUCAGCACGGGUGCAAGUCCAGCGCGGUCUGGUGUGUCUGUGGAGAGUCUCAUCACUGGGAUGAGCGCUGCUCCAGCACCAGUGAGCAGCAGUUCAGCGGCAGAACCAACAGUGGCUAAUGGCAGAAAGCGUGUGAUUUCUUCCGGCACUUGUAUGUCAAAGAAAUUCAAGAGCUUUGAUGCUAGCGAGGUCAGUUUGGACCUACAGUUUGUUAGCACUGUGAGAAAGGAAGAGCUGGUUUUCCAUCCCCUUAGCGUAGAUGUCUGUCGAGUGUUGUGUAGUAAGUUAAACGUUGACUGCGUGAAGGUUGGUAGUGCAGUAUCCACAGAGGUGGGGUUGUUAGGUGUUCCUUGUAGCAAAGAGAGGAUUGUGGCUGAUGGUAACUGCUUCUUCAGAGCCAUCUCUCAGGCUGUGAGUGGUUCUCAGAAGCACCAUCGUAGGAUUAGGUUAGCUGUGUGUAAAGAGUUGCAGAGGAAUGCAGACAGAUAUCAGAGUCUUUUGAGGAGUGAGUACUCCUCUGUGUUAGAGUAUAUUGAGCAGUCCAGAAUGAGACGUGUGAGCACUUGGGCCACAGAGGUGGAGAUUCAGGUGACAGCCGAUUGGUUAGGCGUUAGUGUGUUUACUUUCCAUCAGGGACGUUGGGUGAAGUAUAGCUGUAGUAGUAAGCAUUUGUCAGCGGAGUGCGUUUACAUAGAGAAUAUCAUGGGACAGCAUUUUGAGAAUGUUGUUUGCGUGUGUAAGCCUGGACUGCAGAGUUGUUACAGGUAUUGUAAAGUUAGUGAAGUGAGAGGUUACAGCAUUAGGUCUAGAAUGAUGGAUGUUACAGAUACAGACAACACAGCGGUUGGGUGUAGUAGUGUAGUAGGUUCUGUUUUAGGUGUAGAGGAUAGUGACAAGGUUGUGGAAGGUGCUAGUGAGGUAGUGUCAGGUAGAAUGUCUGUGAAGUCCAAGUACUUAAGGCAGAAACAGAGGAAGCAGGAAAAGUUGAAUAUUUCACUUAGGGAGAAACGUCAGUUGAGAAUUAGGAAGAUAUAUCAAGGAAAUGUGGUCUUCAGGGAAAAGGCAAAGUUGUGGAGUGUAGGGAAAUAUAGUAAAAAUUUGCCCCACAGAGAGAGAGUUAAAAAGCUGAGUGUUACUAAGUACAGAGAAAGCACUGAACACAGGGAGACAGUUAAGGCUAAGAUUGUGGCCAAAUAUAGGGACAGCGUCGAGUAUAGGGAAAGGGUUAAGGCCAGGAGUUUUGUCAAAUAUAGGGACAUCAUUGAACAUAGGGAGAGAGUAAAGGUCAAGGGUUGUGUCAAAUAUAGGGACAGCAUUGAGCACAGGGAGAGAGUAAAGGCCAAGAGUUUUGUCAAAUAUAGGGACAGCAUUGAGCACAGGGAGAGAGUAAAGGCCAAGAGUUUUGUCAAAUAUAGGGACAGCAUUGAGCACAGGGAGAGAGUCAAGGCCAAGAGUUCCGUCAAAUACAGGGGCAGCAUUGAUCACAGGGAGAGAGUAAAGGCCAGGAGUUUGGGCAGAUAUAGGGACAAUAUUGAGCACAGGGAGAGAGUAAAGGCCAGGAGUUUGGGCAGAUAUAGGGACAGUAUUGAGCACAGGGAGAGAGUAAAGGCCAGGAGUUUGGGCAGAUAUAGGGACAGUAUUGAGCACAGGGAGAAAGUUAUAGAAAGGAGUAAGAGUAAGUAUCAUGAUAGUUUACAGUAUAAGCAGAAAGUUAUUUCUGGUGUCAGGUUAAGCAGGAAGCAGAAGGUGGAGAAGGCAGAAGAUUUUGUUUUUGUUAUGGAUCAGUUUUUGGCAAAGGUCAGAGAUGGACCAGAUUUUGUGUGCUGUGUUUGUUAUAGGUUGUUGUUUAGAUAUCAGGUGGUCAGUUGUGAUAGGGAAGUUUAUAAACGAAGUUCAGCAACAGCUGCUAUUGCAGAUAAGUGUAUAGGGGAGCAGUAUUUGCAUAGGUGUAGUGGGGAGUGUGUUGCGCCGUGUUUGUUGGUUUCAUCGCGUGGUCAGUUGUGGAUUUGUUACACGUGUCACGGUAAGCUUAGUUCAGGUGAGAUGCCGGCUGAAUGCUGGGUUAACAACUUGGAGCUUGAUCCCAUUCCAUCUGAACUGGGAUGUCUGAAUAGUUUAGAGCAGCAUUUGAUAGCUUUGCAUAUUCCUUUCAUGAAAAUGUUGGCACUGCCUAAGGGAGGGCAGAAUGGAGUACAUGGACCAGUGACAUGUGUUCCAGCCAACAUUGUUCAGACAACGAAUGUGUUGCCGCGUUCUAGUAUGGAGGGGUCUCUGCUUCAGGUUAAGCUGAAGCGGAAACUCACGUAUAAAGGGUAUUACGAGUACCAGUUUGUGGAUACGUUGCGUGUAAGACAGGCGCUAGAGUAUUUAAAGAGGACAAAUAUUCAUUAUAGAGACAUUGAGUUUAAUGAGGACUGGGUAAACGAGUUUGUUAGGGAGGGAGAUAGGGAGAUGGAAGAGGCCGAGUCAGGCAGUGAGGAUGAGGGUAGGUCACGGCAGGUUACGGUUCAGAGUGAAAUGUGUGAGGUAGCGGAAUCAGCAGACAUAGGACAGGAUGAACUGUUACAUGACAGACAACAGCACUGCAUGUUUCAGGACACUUGUCUUAUGCCUGUUGAUAUUGGUCAGGAAGCUUUAGAUCAGUAUUUUAAGGAUAUAUUGAACAUUGCGCCUGCAGAAGGAAAUAGUCCGGUAAGGAUGCUUUCUGACCACACGAAUGAGGCAAAGUGUUUCCCUGUGUUGUUCCCUGCGGGUGAUAAGACCUUCCAUGACGGACGGUCUCAUCACUUGACGUUGUCGCGUUAUCUUAAUAACCGGAUUAUGCAUGCCGACGGUCGUUUUGCGCGGAACGUCGAGUACAUAUUUUUUGCGCAGUACAUGUCAGAGUUGGACAGGGUUGUGUCCAGUGUUUCCGUCGCUUUGCGUAAGGGCAAAGGAGGUCAGAGGCCUCAACGCAUUACUGAGGACAUGUUAACGGAUGCGGACGCCUUGAAGCAGUUGCUGGCGUGUGAUGACGGGUUUAGGUUUCUUAAACCCAUUAGAGGAACUCCGGCCUUUUGGCAGUCUGUCCAGAAGGACGUGAUGGCUUGCGUGCGUCAAUUGGGUAUUCCGACGUGGUUUUGUUCGUUUUCGUCUGCGGAUAUGCGCUGGCAGAGUCUCCUGACCAGCAUCCUGAAACAGGAAGGCAGAUCGCAGACGGUAGAGGAUUUGGAGUGGGCUGACAGGUGCGAGUUGCUGCGUUGUAAUCCGGUCACCGCGGCGAGGAUGUUUGACUACAGGUGGCAUUGUUUUCUGAAAGAGGUUCUCAUGUCUCCCUGUCAACCAAUCGGCAAAAUAAUUGAUUACUUUUAUAGGGUAGAAUAUCAACAAAGAGGCUCACCACAUGUACACUGUUUGUUUUGGAUCGAGGGUGCUCCCCAAAUUGAUAGAAACACAGAUGAGGAGGUGGUAAAAUUUAUUGACUGUUACGUUACAUGUGAGCUACCCUCAGAUGAUGACACACUAUUGGACACGGUGUCAUCUGUUCAAACACAUUCCAAACGACAUUCAAAGUCGUGUAGAAAACACAAAACGACAUGUCGUUUCAAUUUCCCAAAACCUGUUUCUGCGCGGACAUUCAUUUGUAGAAUGUUAGAAUGCAAGUGCGAUAAGAAAAAGACAGCGGAGACCGAACCUGGUUCAGAAAACAGGCCAGUCUGUAAGUGUUUUGAGGAUAGAGAUAAGAUGCCAGAAAACGUUGCACAGGCUAUUCUAACAGCUGUUAAGCUGGCUGUGGACAGUGAUGUGCCUCCUGUUAGUGUAGAGGACUUGUUUUGUGCUUUAGGAAUAAAUCAGGAAAUCUUCGAGUUGGCUUAUAGGCGUUUAGAGAAGAGGCAUAAGGUUGUGUAUAGGAGAGGGGUGAACGAGGUUUGGGUCAAUCAGUAUAGUAAGCAGUUGUUGAAGUGCUGGAACGCUAACAUGGACAUUAGCUUUGUCACCGACGCCUAUGCAGUAGUAAUAUACAUACUAUCGUAUAUUACGAAGGCAGAGAGAGAAAUUGGCCUAUUAUUGACUAAUGCCCAAAAAGAAGCCAAAACACAAGGGAAUCUCUCUGCUAAAGAAGCCCUGCGGAAGCUGGGCAGUGUAUAUUUACACAACAGAGAUGUUUGUGCGCAGGAGGCGGUGUACAGGCUAACGAACAUGCACCUUAGGGAGUGUUCCAGGAAGGUUGUGUUUGUGCCGACAGGGAGCAAGAUAGUUAGGAUGAGUUUGCCCCUUAGUGUUUUGAGGCAGAAGGCGGCCUCCCGUGAUCUUGGGGAGGAUGAGAUGUGGAUGACAGGCAUAGUGGAUAGGUAUAAGAAUAGGCCUAACAGUGAUGUGUUUGCAAACAUGUGUAUGGCCACCUUUGCAUCUGAGUAUCGUGUUCUCAGCAAAAAUGAAAAGUCUAAGGACAGAAUUCAAUUGAACAAUGAUUUGGGAUUCAUUCUGAGGAGAACACGCACUCAGUUUGCAGUGGUGCGGUACAUGCGUUUCAGUUUGGAUAGACAGGAAGAGGCACAUUUUCAGAGCCUGCUGCAGUUGUUUCUUCCUUAUAGAACUGACUCAGACCUCAAACCUGCAGGCUUUGAGCUGUUUGAGCAGUUCUAUAACGAUGGCCAGGUGACGUUUAGCGACGGGUCUGUGCAUUCGGUUCGCGAUGUCGUCGGUGAGAAUAGGGCCAGGUUUGAGGUCAAUUGUCCUCACCUUGAGUUAGCUCAGGAGAUAGCUGCGCAGAACAACGGGGUAGAUGAAGAUGUUUGGGGUGAGCUGUGUCCUGAACAGGAAGCGGAACGCCUAGAAGGUUUAGAGGAGCAGAGGCAGCAGCGGGAAGCUGAGAUAGCUGAGGAACAGUUAGUUGAAGCGAUGGAGAAUGUUCCAGAUUUGAUUGUUGGUGGCAGACAGGUAGCGCAGGUAGAAAGAAACAGGUCCAUUUUGUCUAGAAGUGACGGUUUGGCGCUCAUUAGGUCUCUGAAUGAGACACAGCUGGCUGUUUUUUAUAAGGUGAGACAGUGGUGUUUGCAGAAGGUGAUGGGUGAAAACCCAGAGCCUCUGCGUGUAUUUGUGACAGGUGGCGCAGGAACAGGGAAAAGUCAUUUGAUUAGGGCUAUUGAGUAUGAGGCAGGGAGGCUGCUGUCAACACUUUGUGAUCAACCAGACGAUAUCUGUGUUUUGCUAACUGCUCCUACUGGCAUAGCUGCAUACAAUUUAAAUGCAGCAACAAUUCAUCACACAUUGAGUAUUGGCAAACAGGCUAGUUUACCUUACACCCCUCUGGGUGAAGAUAAACUAAACUCUUUGCGAGCAAAAUUAAGUCACCUCCAAAUUUUAAUCAUAGAUGAAAUCAGUAUGGUUGAUCACAACGUGUUGGCUUAUGUGCAUGGUAGGUUGAGGCAGGUGAAGCAGACAGGCGACUUUUCCCCGUUCGGUAAUGUUAGCGUGAUAGCUGUCGGGGACUUCUAUCAGUUGCCUCCUGUUAAAGGGAAGCCUCUGUAUAGUAGUCCUGUUGGUGUGGACCUGUGGUGCAAUUUCAGCAUCGUGGAGCUGAAAAAAAUAGUUAGGCAGAAGGAUAGUGUUUUUGCUGAGUUGCUUAAUAGAUUAAGAGUGCGUUCCAGGGCCACCCCAAUGUUAGAGAGCGAUGUUGAACUACUGAAGAUGCGCGAGACCGGCGAGGUGAGCUCAGCCUUGCAUAUCUUUGCGACGAAUAGGCAAGUAAGUGAGCACAACCUAAAUUAUCUGUUUGACUGUUGUCCUGAUUAUGUCACCGUUGAAGCGCAAGACUUCGUGAAUAACAGGACAACAGGGAAUUUGGAACGAAUGCCCGGGCAUCACGGCGUUGCGGCGGACACGUCUUUACCGGAGACUCUGUGUUUAGCGAGGAACGCGCGAGUGAUGUUGUGUAAGAACGUGGAUGUUGCGGACGGCCUGGUCAAUGGAGCAUGUGGCACAGUUACUCAGUUAGUUUUUGGAGAGGAUUCCACGUUUCCUCUCACCGUGUAUGUUAGAUUUGAUGAUGAGAAUAUUGGUUCAGAUAGGAGAAAAAAACGUGCACAUGCAGCAGUAGAAUGCCUGCAGUCUACUGCCAUUGAUCCAGAGACGGAAAGAGCCACUAAACGCGGCGGUUUGCGUCGUCAGUUUCCUCUAAGGUUAGCGUGGGCUUGCACUGUUCACAAAGUGCAAGGACUCACUGUGGAUGAGGCCGUAGUGUCCUUGAAGAGGGUGUUUGCACCGGGGCAGGCAUAUGUAGCGCUGAGUCGUGUUAGGGCCUUGUCUGGACUGAUCAUCAGGGAUUUUACAGAGAAGGUAAUUUACUGCAAGGACGCCAUAAAGGAGGCCUUGGAUAGCAUGCCUCCAUUUUUGAUUGAACAGCCAAAGCCUUCAUUAAAUACACACAGUUUCUCUGUGUAUUUAAUGAACGUUCAAAAUUUAAGUCGCCACUUGGUAGAUUUGGUGUCUUGCACGCAGCAUUUGCAGCUUACCUGUAUUGCUGUGACAGAAACGUGGCUCACUGCACAGUCUUCAUUAGACGGUGUCCAAAUUGAAGGUUACACUUUCCACAACCGUCCUCGAGGCUUGUGUUACAGUAGCAGUAACCCUAAAUUGUUAGAGCUAAAGAACCUAGAACAUGGUGGAGUUGGUUUGUAUAGUGUAGACAAUUUGGACUGUAACAUUCUGCAGGUGCCCGAUUUGAAUCUGGAGUGUUUGGUGUGCCUGUGCAACAAAUUCAACAUAUUGCUGGCAGUAAUUUAUCGUCCACCAUGUUAUCCAAAUUCUCUAUUCAAACAAAAUCUGGGGAGGUUACUUGAUUGGUUACAUCCAAUCAGUAACACAAUUGUAAUAAUGGGGGAUUUCAAUGAGAACAUUUUAAAAACAUCAUCAAUUUCCAAAUUUAUGGGUGAAAAAGGUUUUAGUCAGCAUGUGACACAAGAGACUACAGAGAAGGGGACACUAAUUGAUCAUGUUUAUGUUAAAACAACACGGUAUAAUGUCGAAUGUGCAGUGAUGCCCACGUAUUUUAGUGAUCAUGAAGGUGUUUUGUGUAGUUUUAGUGUUGAAGAUGAUCAGGGGUUAGGUGUUGACUUCGAGGAGGUAGAGGGCCUCUUCGAGUCAGACGUGGAUUUUGAUGAGGGUUAGGUUGUUGUGUUUGGCAAAGGAGGCAAACAGUGAAUUCACACGACCGGUGUAAAUUCUUUGUUUGAUGAGUCAAACGGAGCUGCAUUGCAGUGUCCCGGUGCAAAUGUUAGUGUUGUCGCGUUUGUGUGUUGGUGCAGUGCAGGUUUAUCUGUAGCUUUUUAAGAGGAAACUGACUUGUGCUGUGUUGUGUUGUUCAUGGUGUGUACAUUGGCUACCACUAUGAAUGUUGUCUUUGUAUAGAGCCUGUCCCACUUAAAUUGUAUAGAUUGUGUUAUUUAUUUUUAUAGAUAUUUAUACUAUUUAUAUCGUAUUUAUUGGGAUUUUAGAUUGUUAUUUAUUGUAUUUAUAAAUAGUAUUUAUAUUGUGUAUUUAUUAUUGCAAUUUUAGAUUAUGUAUUAUGUGGAAGUGUCAUGUAUUUAUUAUAUGGAAUUGAUUAUGUUGAGAUUUUAGAUGAGGCAAAUCGUGUUCCAGGUGGAAGUUGUAGUUAUGGAGAAUAAUGUGUAGGGAUGUAAUUCUUGUAAUCAUGUGUGUCACAGGUGUUAGUAAUUAUGAAUGUUAGUCUCUGUUUGCCACGUGUUAGCUGUUUGACUAUGUUCAAAAAUUAAAUGUAUAUCUGUUCAAAGUUGUAUAUAGUUCUGCAUGUUAGAGUUCAUGUCACCUUCAUGUAUACUGUCUGUAUACAAGAGGUUCAUUUUCAAUACUGAAGUGUUCCGUCUGGUGUGCAUGAACUCAGAGCAAAUCUGUUGUGGCACAACAAGGCACAGACUCCUCAUUCUGUAUGCCUGAGCUGCCAAAACAGGACAGUUAAAUUAAAAUAAAUACAUAAAUAAAU